AUGCAUCGCUCCGCUGUUCUACUUGCCCUUGGGGUUCUCAGCUCACCAGCCGCCGCCGGUUGGCUCAAGUCAGACCAAGAAGUGUCAUGGGAACCUCCUCGCCAGACAGGCAUCUACGGCCCUGAAGCUGGCGAACAAGCUAAUAUCGCCUUGGGAUGGAGUCCUGUACCAACAGAGGCCCCCCAGCUUGCUGGUGCCAUGGACUUGAAGUUUGCCAUGGGAAAGAGAGACCUAGCACCCAUGACCUGCGGUUUCGGUAAAGCAGGAAAUUCCUUCACAUGUAUUUCCAGUGUCGCCACUUGCAGUUAUUCUAACGGUUGGAUUGGGUGCUGUGAAACUGGCCGGGCUUGCAAGUCAGUGAAGACAUCUUGCGUUCCUUAUACUGAAUCUGCUUCUGUGUGUGCUUUCCUCGAGGACUUUCACACUCUUUGCUGUGAUGCGACUGCUAAGUACUGCCACACCUGGGUCGGUACCACAACUGGAGACCCCUACACGAUCCUCGCCUGUGAUUCUACCUCGGGUAGCUCUGCACUUCUAUUCUCCGAUCCUUUGGCUACCGGUGAUUCGAGCACCACUAAAAGUGAUGCAUCGACUACGAAAGAUGCCUCUGCGACCACAGACGACUCCGCUACCACAGUAACCGAAAGUUCCGCAUCAGCGACAGAAUCUGAAAAGAAAGAUGACGACAAGGGCGCCCCUGUCGGCGCUAUUGCUGGUGGUGUUGUUGGCGGCGUCGCUGCUCUUGCUCUGGUCGGUCUGGCUGCUUUCCUGCUUUUCCGCCGUCGCAAGAAGAAUGCCGCAGCUGCAGCAGCUGGUAGCAGCCCGCAAAACCCUCCUGCGAUGGCCCAGCACCCUCAGAGCCCAGGAGCCGGCUACGUUCCUUCUUCGCCUUCAAAUGCUACAUAUCCUUCAGGCGUGCCUUCAAACUUCCAAGGCUACCAGCAGCCAUACGACCCUUCAUUGGCUUCUCCAUACGGACAACCCCAAGGUUAUCAGCAACCUGGUUACGGCGGCUACUCUCCCCAGCCUCAGGGAUAUGUCCAGCCAUUCGGCCAGCAAGGUCAAUAUCCUGCUCAGUAUGGCGCUGGAGGUUAUGGAGCACCUCCAUCCACUUCGCCUCCUCCAGGACACUUCACACCUAGCCCGGGUCCUAACAAGGACGGCCACGAGACUCCUCAGGCUCAAGAGUUGCCCGCUGUUCAACCAAUUGGAAAUGAGGGCAACCGCGCUGAGCUUAGCUAG